CACAAACAGGUGCAUAAACAGAAAAAGGCGACUUCAAGACGUUUCACUGAACAUCCCUGCUAUAUAUGUUCCCAGUUUUGUCCUCGAUCCCCCUGCCACUGUUAUUCGGAGCCCGCCUCCGCGCACAGCUUGGGUUUCUAGAAGUUAUAGAUUUUCCGAUCAUCAGAAGACAAGGGUAGAGGCAUAAAUGGGUGGAGGCAAUGGUCAAAAGGCCAAGAUGGCUCGUGAAAGGAACUUGGAAAAUAAGAAAACCGCGAAAGGAAGCCAGCUCGAGGCCAACAAAAAAGCUAUGAAUAUUCAGUGCAAGGUGUGUAUGCAGACUUUUAUGUGCACCACGUCGGAGGUGAAGUGCAAGGAACAUGUUGAAGCAAAGCACCCCAAAGCCGAUAUAGUCACUUGUUUCCCUCAUCUUAAAAAGUGAAUAUACUUAGUGGUCUAAAGUUACGCAGAGAAGGGUAAUAUUGUUGGCAUUCUGACAUGUCUGAUAAUAUUCAAUAGCUAGAAAAGUUGUGGAUUUGUGUGUAUUUGUCUAGUUGUUUGUUGGAAUGUAAAAACAUGUUUGUAGUUUGCUCGUGAAUCCCAGUGAUGACUUUCCGUGUGAAGAAUACAUUUUAUUUUAAAUGUUA